AUUCACGAUCCCGGCCGACGACAAUGGUGAUACUGAGCUCGACCCUAGAAUCCAGGUCAGUGAGUGACAAUAUAAUGUUCUGAGUAAAAGUAACGGUAGACCUUCGUAACAGCAAAGAUGAGCGUUAAUUUUGUAGAUUAUUUCGCCAACGAGCAUAAUGGAUACGAUAUACUUUAUCAAAAUAUGAAAUACGGACUCAUUGCCAGCAAAGAGCUCUCCGAGUACCUUAGAGAGAGAUCGAACAUAGAAGAGACAAAUUCUAAGUCUUUAGCGAAACUAGCUAAGCAGGCGAACAGUAACUGCGCACAGGGGACUUUCGCGCCCUUCUGGGGCGUGCUGAAGUGUUCCGCGGAGAAAUUGUCUAACCUACACCAACACAUGUUCCAAAAAGUCAGCGAACUGGUGAAAGAUGUCGCGCGCUACGCUGACGAGCUCCACAAGAAACAUAAGGCUGUAAAAGAUUCCGAGUCGAACACAUUAGAAGUAGUUCUACUUAUACAAAACACUAAGCAGGCUCUGCAGAAGGCCAAAGAUGUGUACACCACCAAAUCAGCAGAGAUGGAGAAGUUGCGGAAAGACAAUGCAUCUGCUAAAGAUAUUGAAAAGGCUGAAGUGAAACUGAAGAAACUGCAUGAAGAUUACAGACAACUGGCUGAAAAGUACAACCUUGUGAAGCAAGACUUUGAAAAGAAAAUGACACAGACAUGCAAACACUUCCAGGAUGUAGAGGAAGCACAUUUGAAGCAGAUGAAACAGUUUGUAAAUUCAUAUGCAGACAUCAUACAGAACAACCAUGAUCUGAUGGGACAAGUACACAGGGAUUUCAAACACCAAUGCUUAGAAUUAACUGUGGAAAAAUUAUUGGAACAAUUUUUGAUAGAGAAAUAUAAUUCAAUAGAAAAGGCAGUUUUAGUUGAGCUACCACCAGCGCUUCCUAAGCCGGGGUCAGCAAAUAACUCUAUAUCUGAAGCUGAUCAGAUAUCUACAGUCUCAAAUGGGUCACACAAGCCUCCUCAACCAGCUAAAGCACCUAAAAAAGAACCAUCAUUUGCCACUAAAUCUUCAAGAAGAACGACCUCCCUUUUAAAUCUGUUUACACCAAAUUUCCAAAGUAAAGAUGAACCUACAAGCAGCAUUGAGGGUAACGCACCAUGCUCAGCUCCUUCAAGUCCCAGUGGAACUCCGGCAACACCAGUGGCACCUGACAAAGAUGAGAACAUGAUACGGAAUCCAAUUCGUGAAUCUAAAUGGUUCCGGAGACCCAAGCCAAAACAAAAGAAGUCUAAGAAGAAAAAAGACGAGAUAUCUGAAAAUGCUAAUGCAAGUGAUAAGGCUGAUAUAGAGGAAAAGGAAGAAGAAGCACCCACAAAAGAAGACUUGAUCAACUCUCCUGAGGUGGACGAUGAGGGAUACUGCAUCAGACCAAAAGACGAAAAGGGCAGUGUGUACUCAUCAACAGAUUCAGACUCUGAAGAGGAAAGGGAACAAAAAAUUCACGUAGAAAUUAAACCUAUUUCGAAUGGCGACGCGCCCAUGUCGGCCAGCGUCGACGAGCUGCGGGCCACUGUGGAAAAUAUUUCUCUGUACAAAAUCGGCACCACGCGGCGCGGCUCCAAUGCGAACACGAGCAAAGCAAGCAGCGAUUUAUUAGAUUUGAAUUUCUUUCAAAGCCCCUCUGUUAGCAAUCCCACUUCGCCUCACGCGAAUGUUUCAAAUCCUUACGCGCCACUGCAAGGAAAUCAGUCACAUUUACUUGAGAGUCCAACGCCCAUAUCGAACGCGGACGUCGGCGACCUGUUCUCGGAAGUGGGCGAGAUGAGCCAAACAAACAUGCGCACCUCCACACCGACGAUAACGUCAAUUUCCCUGCCGCGUCCGCCCUCAAGACGCUCCGAGGGCGACUUCCGGACCGCCGGCUCCACCGGAUCCCGCGGCCCGUCUCCCCUCACCAUCGGAAUGGCGGAUACAAUACCGUUGGCUGUCGCUUUCCACGAGAUAAUACAUUCUUAUUUCCGGGGCACAGAGGAAUCUAAAUGCCAAGUGAAAAUGUCGGGCGACAUGAUGCUAUCGUUCCCCACUGGAAUAGUGGGUGUGCUCGCCAAUAACCCGAACCCGGCGAAACUAUGUUUCAGGCUGAAAAACAUUCACAGAUUGGAUAACGUUCUCCCCAAUAAACAGCUAAUCUCCAUAAACAUUAUGAUGUCGACACGCGACAGCACUGUCGUAGAAUUCAACAUGCCCGCACUGACCUCACUAUUGAAACGACAAUCCGAAAAGAACCCCACCGCGCAAUACUUUAACGUUGACAUACUAAAGUACCAAAUACGACCGAAAAGCGGGGCCGCGUCGUGUCCCUUCCAGCUGGUAGCUUAUUGGAAAUGCGAAAAAGACCACACGGAUCUUAAAGUUGAUUAUAAAUAUAAUUUGCAUGCGAUGAGCCCGCCGUCGCCGCUGCUCAACGUGUCGGUAUGCGUGCCCAUGAACGGCGCUGUCAGGAAUGUGAUCGCAAUGCCGAAGAACAUUUGGAACGCGGAGAACGAACAAGCGCUAUGGCGGUUCACCGAAUUGUCUCAGCACUCUGAGGACAAGGGCGUGGGCUCGCUGCGGGCACGCUUCGAGCUGGGCCAGGGUCCGUCGAGUAAGUCGACCAUCUCCACCCAGUUCAACUGCGAGGGCGCGACGCUGUCUGGCAUUGAGUUCGAGCUGAUAGGCAGCGGGUACCGGCUCUCGCUGGUGAAGCGCCGCUUCGUGUCCGGCAAAUACAUUUGUGAUAGUGAAGUGCACUGAUAGGUCCAAAUCCCCUGUGAAUCCGCCAGUCUGUGUCGUAAAUCUCGUUGUCAUAUUCCUAAGUGCGUAUGCGAUGCGUAGAUUUUUACAUUGAGGUAUAUGCUCGAGUACCUUGUAGGACUUGUUUCCUGUCCAUGAAUGUAAGCCGCAAUUUAUAUCACAACACAUUUUUGUCAAUUUUCGAAGUAAAUUGUUAGUUUAUAAUUUCGAAAAAUGUAUUAAUAAUUAAGGAUGUAUUAUGCUGGAUUACUAACUUAUUUUUUCAGAUUAAAAAUCGUGCCAUUUUAUACUGUAUUUAAAUGUAUUUUACACUGAGUAAUGUUCCUUGCACAUAAUGUAUACAAUGUCCAUGUUCAAUGUACAGACUGUUAGAGCAUUCAAAUCAUAUGUCACUUUAAAACAGUGAUUGAUUUUACUAAUUGCAUAGACAUGGAGAUUUUUCUUUAACCCCAGAUGUGGAAAUGCUUCAAAGAAAUAUUUAUAAGCAAGUCAAUAAGAAAUAUUGACUUUAGACUUUAAAAUUACCCUCAUCCUCCUACUUUGAGUUGAAUGGAACAUACAUUAUUAAUACAUGUACUAAAUUUGAUUUUUACAAUGUUUGCACACAUUUGUUUUCUUUAGAGGCCUAACUGUAUGCAAUAACUUUUCUCUUAUUUAAAUGUGAAUUAAAGGCCACAACUGACACCUGAUAUGUUUUUUUUUAUCAACAAACAAAUCACAUUGUUUUAUACACUGAUAGGCAAUGAGGAUUUGUAGAAUCUCUGUUGUUUGGAACAAUAUUUUUUUUAUUUCAAAUAUAUUUUCAGUAAUGAAAAUGGUUUAUUUUUUGAGUGUGUUUAGUUUGAAUAUAAAUGAGGAAUGUUUGGUGUCCAUAUCUAAAUUGUAGAUGUUUGCGAGUAGCAUGAGCCCAGCAUUUAUUUUGAUCACAAUCUUAAAGUUAUGUUACUUUUGUUCGUUCAAGUUUGUCUUUUUGUUACAUUAACUUCAGUGCAAAUGUAACUUAUUUUUUUUAUAAUUUUUAAAUCAUUUGUAAUCUCAUAAUUUAUAUUUUAGUUAGAAUACUUUCGUCAUUUGAUUUGUCAUCCCAGCGGCCUAAUUUUACUGCAUGUUGUCAUAGGUAAAGAUAAAAGUGACUGUGUUAUUUUCGUUGAGCAAUAUUUUCUAUAGGAAUAUUUUUAUUUUAUUCAUACCACUUCUCUUUUCACCAAGAAGAAAUGAAAAUUUGAUAAUAUUUUUUAUUCAAAAUAAUACUAAUAUGCAUCAUAGCACAUAUUUUUGGUUCUUAAUGUAGUAAAUAAAUGUUGCUCAAGAAAAUCAGCACAAUUUUGGUUGUCUUGUAAAACCCUUACCAAAUGAGAAGUGUUCAUACCAGACCGUUGCUUUAAGGUCAAACCAUUUCUAGUACCUACUACCGAACCAUUCCAUUUGUCUUUAUCAUUUUUAUAUUAAGUAUUAUUUAAUUUAUAUUCAAUCAUUAUUAUAUUUUAAUAAUUUGAUGGAAUUUCAUUCAGCAGGAAUCCAAUUGGAUUUAAUAUGUUUUAAUUUAUUUAUUUGGAUUUUUAUUGGUUUUUAAAUCUAUUUGAAGUGUGAGAAUAAGAACUUACUUACUAAACAAUACAAAUCAAACAUAAAGUACAUCACAAUAUAAUGGUAUUGCCAGAGAAUAAAUUGUAAUUUGAAAUCAUACAUUCAGUAUUCAGCUAAUAAAGUGUACUAAACAAAAUUUACUUUGCUCUUACACACGAUAAAAUUAGAUUAAAAAAAAUGUGCAAAUACCAACGCGUAAAACAUAUUUUUGUAUCGUAAAAUUUAUGAUAUGUAAUUCUAAUGUAAUGUAACUAUGUUAAUUUUGGAAAUAAAAUGUAAUUUUAGCAUUU